AUGCGUGAAAGGUGCAUAGCAAUGCUGCUCAAAUGCCUCGGUGAAGGUGAAAAAGCCGAACAAACUGCGAAAAAUAUCGAAUUGGCGAUACAUGAAGAGAUCGGUGAUGCGAACGAUCACCGUUACCGCUCACGCGUACGAUCACGAGUCGCAAAUUUGACCAGAAACAAAGCGAUUGCUAAAGAGUUGGUCAACGACAGAUUAUGUCCUAGAAAGUUUGCUAAGAUGAGUGCCGAGGAGUUGGCAACUCCGCAAAUGAAAGAAUUAAGAGAUCAUCUUUGCGAAGAUACGAUGGAGGAGCACAUGAUGGGCGAGAAGGAGAAGGUCGGUUUCGAUAACAUCAAAAAGAACGACACUGCUGUCGAAACGGAGUAA